CCCGCCUCCUCCGCUCCCGCGCGGCGGAAGUGACGCGCCGGCCCUGCGGUGCGGCGCGGCGCGGCGGGCGCUGCGGGGCGGCCAUGGGCAGGAAGGAGCGGGACAAGAAGAAGUCCAAGAAGCGCCAUUAUGAUGAUGAGGAGGAGGACGAGGAUGAAGGUCCCGGGAAGGAGCCGCAGGAGGCGGUGCCGUCCGCGGCGGGGAAGCAGGUGGAGGAUAGCGGCACCAAGGUGGACGAGUAUGGGGCCAAGGACUACCGGCAGCAGAUGCCGCUGAAGGCCGACCACGCCUCGCGGCCCCUCUGGGUGGCUCCCGAUGGCCAUAUUUUUCUGGAAGCCUUUUCUCCAGUUUACAAGUACGCACAGGAUUUUCUGGUCGCCAUUGCUGAGCCGGUGUGCAGACCGACUCACAUUCACGAGUACAAGCUGACUGCUUACUCACUGUAUGCUGCUGUUAGCGUCGGCUUGCAAACAAGCGACAUCACAGAGUAUUUACAAAAACUGAGCAAGACUGGUGUCCCAGAUGGAAUAAUCCAGUUUAUUAAGCUGUGUACUGUCAGCUAUGGGAAGGUGAAGCUCGUACUGAAACAUAACAGGUAUUUUGUGGAAAGUACCCACCCUGAUGUCAUUCAGCAGCUUCUGCAAGACCACGUUAUUAGAGACUGUCGUCUGAGGAACGCUGAGGGUGAAGAAACAGAGCUCAUUACAGAGACGUUCACAAGUAAAUCAGCGAUUUCCAAAUCCAGUGAAGGUGGCUUUGGGCCGUCAACAUCACAGGGAACAGAUGGUCAGAAUAAACCAGAUGUCCCAGCUGACUUAUUUGAGUUUUAUGAACAGAUGGACAAAGAUGAGGAGGAGGAGGAGGAAACACAGACAGUAUCUUUUGAAGUCAAGCAGGAGAUGAUUGAAGAACUUCAGAAGCGUUGUAUCCAUUUGGAGUACCCCUUGCUAGCAGAAUAUGAUUUCAGAAAUGAUUCUGUGAAUCCCGAUAUUAAUAUAGAUCUGAAACCUACAGCUGUUCUCAGGCCCUAUCAAGAGAAAAGCCUACGGAAGAUGUUCGGAAAUGGGCGAGCCAGGUCUGGUGUUAUUGUCUUGCCAUGUGGUGCUGGCAAGUCUCUAGUUGGAGUGACAGCUGCAUGUACUGUCCGCAAGCGGUGUCUGGUCCUUGGUAAUUCUGCAGUGUCUGUAGAGCAGUGGAAAGCCCAAUUCAAGAUGUGGUCCACCAUUGAUGACAGUCAGAUAUGCCGGUUCACUUCUGAUGCCAAAGACAAGCCCAUCGGCUGUUCUAUUGCUAUCAGCACAUAUUCCAUGUUGGGGCACACGACAAAAAGAUCCUGGGAAGCAGAAAGAGUAAUGGAGUGGCUUAAAAGUCAAGAGUGGGGCCUUAUGAUACUCGACGAAGUACAUACUAUCCCCGCAAAAAUGUUCAGACGUGUGCUCACUAUUGUACAAGCUCAUUGUAAACUGGGGCUGACUGCUACCCUGGUCAGAGAAGAUGAUAAAAUUGUUGACCUGAACUUCCUGAUCGGACCAAAGCUCUAUGAAGCCAACUGGAUGGAGCUGCAGAACAGUGGCUACAUUGCCAAAGUCCAGUGUGCUGAGGUUUGGUGCCCAAUGUCACCUGAAUUUUAUAGAGAAUAUGUAGCCAUCAAAACAAAGAAACGAAUACUGCUGUACACCAUGAACCCAAAUAAAUUCAGAGCCUGCCAGUUCCUGAUUAAGUUUCAUGAGCGACGGAAUGAUAAAAUCAUCGUAUUUGCUGACAACGUGUUUGCACUGAAGGAGUAUGCGAUCAGACUUGGGAAACCCUAUAUAUAUGGUCCUACUGCCCAAGGAGAAAGAAUGCAAAUUCUACAAAACUUCAAGCACAAUCCAAAAAUCAACACUAUUUUCAUUUCCAAGGUAGGUGACACAUCCUUCGAUCUGCCAGAAGCCAAUGUUCUGAUUCAGAUUUCGUCCCAUGGUGGGUCUCGAAGACAGGAGGCUCAAAGACUGGGACGAGUGCUGAGAGCCAAAAAAGGCAUGGUUGCAGAGGAAUACAAUGCCUUUUUUUAUUCCCUUGUAUCCCAAGACACUCAGGAAAUGGCAUAUUCAACAAAGCGACAACGGUUUCUUGUAGAUCAAGGUUACAGCUUCAAGGUAAUAACAAAGCUUGCAGGCAUGGAAGAAGAAGAACUUUCAUUUUCAUCCAAAGAAGAACAGCAGCAGCUUCUUCAGAAAGUCCUGCAAGCAUCUGACCUGGAUGCUGAGGAGGAAGUAGUUGCUGGAGAAUAUGGUUCAAAGUCAGCUCAGGUGUCACGUCGUACGGGCACCAUGAGCUCUAUGUCAGGAGCAGAUGAUACGGUUUACAUGGAAUACCACUCUUCACGGAGUAAGGCAUCUUCAAAUAAACACAUCCAUCCACUCUUUAAACGCUUCCGGAAAUGAUAUCCUUCAUGUGUGCAUUUUUUUAAAACUGUGGAUCCACGUACCUGUGUCUGUAACGAAAAAUAUGGAGUGGAAAUGUCGACAGGUCCUUUAAAAGACUUUUUAUAUGCAUCUAUAUAGCCACAUAUUUACUUAGCAAUAUAUGUGCUUUCAUGGGUGAUCGUGAAAGGAAAAAAGGAAGUAAAUCUUGCCACAGGGAAGACACUGUCCAGUGACUGGAUCCUGGUUAUACCUGUCUGGUUUUCAGGGUAAUUAAUAGAAUUUAUUUUUAUCAGCUGAAGAUCCUUUUUCAGAAGAAUUCUGGAAAGGUUUUGUAAAUGAAGUUUGUACUGAUGUUUGAAAUAUUAUUUAUCUGAUUAUUGUGUCUACUCAACAAAUUGUUGUUUUUUAAAAUGCUUAAAAACCUUUCAUUGAGCUGAACAAAUCCUGAUAGGAGCACUUUACAUGAUGUUUUUAAACUGGGAGCUAACUUAUACAUAUGAUUUAACUUGUCUUAAAAUUCUAACAGAUUGUCUGGAAAUAUUUUGAAGUUCAAAGACAAGGAGAAAGAAGGACUGUCUCCCAAGUGAACUUAACGAAAGCAGUAGUAAAUAAAAAUAAAUUCUGUGCUCCGUUUUCCUCAUUUUUCUUGCUACUGUUGAGAAGUUGCUGAAAUAAAAGCUGUUUCCCUUGUCAUUUAUUUUCUAUGUGUUAACCAUGGAAUAAAACCAUCAUAACUGCUGAACAGUG